GUCAUGAGGAGAUGCAAGGCAGACAGCAGGGCAGCUGCAAGUGUGAUCGACAGAACGGGGUUGCGCCGGCGUCAGCACGCUGAAUUUCGCCGUUGACGCUAGGAAAAACAAGCCCUUAGCCCAAGACUUUUAGACGGUGCCUGGAGGAGAGGCUGCGUGGUGGUUGAACUGCAGGGCUAGACCGUGGUGACCAGACGGGACGAUCGAAGCUGGCCCCACAAAAAAUACGGGGAGAAGCGUACGUCAACCACUGUGCCUCUCCCAGAUGAACGAGCCAUUCUCCGUUCCUGCACCUCGACUUCGGCCGUGAGCAACAGCACUCGGCAAACACGGUCCGCUUUAUCCGCCAGCAUGCUCAGCGGACCGCCUCGCCUCGUCCCCUUCAUUUUUGUGGCCGUUGCGCUUGCGCUGGUCGUGUGGUACUACCAUGGCGUGUCGGUUUCAAGCGCACCACUGUCGGCGUGGAAGCCCGGGUCCUCGCUCUCGACACAGCGGCCAGCGUCGUUGCGGCCCGGCGUAGACCCACUUGACUUUAGCAUUCCGCUGCGCUUCUCGGACGGGCAGGCCAAGCCCGCCGGCAGCAACUACACAUUCAAGAUCGUCGUGCCCAAGACGACCAAGGAGGACCUCAAAUGGAUGCUGGAGGAGAUUCCCGAUGCGCCGCUGGUCAUCUACGAGGUCGACAAUGAGCGGGCGGAGAACAAGGUGCCCAAGAACAAGGGCCGCGAGGCCAUGGUCUAUCUCAGCUACAUCAUCGACCACUACGACGACCUCCCCGACACGACCCUCUUCAUGCACGCCCACCGCCACGCCUGGCACAACAACCAGCUGAUGGGCCUCGACGCCGCGCAGAUCGUGAGCCGCCUGAACCACGCCCGCGUUGCGCGCCUCGGCUACAUGAACGUGCGGUGCCACCACGACCCGGGCUGCCCGGAUUGGAUCCACAUGGACCGCCCGGGCGGCGACUUCGACUUCUUCCACAAGCCGGAGGAGAUCUACUGGCGCAAGAGCAUCUGGGAGGAGAUCCACCCUGGCGCGCCUAUUCCCCCAGCCCUCUCUGGCAUAUGCUGUGCUCAGUUCGCCGUCUCGCGCGACCGCAUCAGGCAGGUGCCGCUCGAGCGCUUCAUCCACUACCGCAAGUGGCUGCUCACGACGGGCAUGGACGACCAGUUUUCCGGCCGUAUCUUCGAGUACAUCUGGCACUACAUCUUUACCGGCCACGAGGUCUACUGCCCUGCCAUGAACACGUGCUACUGCGACGGCUACGGCAUCUGUUUCGGCGGGCGCCAGAAGUUCGACAACUACAUGAAGAAGCAGGAAGACCGCAACGGGAAGUGGAUGCAGCUGGACGAGUUCAACAAGCGCGCAGACAAGGCAAAGGAAGAGGGCAAAGACGCCAAUUUCACCGAUGCUGAGAAGCUCAAAAUGGAGACGCUGCGGAAGACUAUCAACGAGAUGGACGCUGAGCUCGAUAAGCUGAGGGAGGAUGCGAGGAAGAGGGGCGACGAUCCCAAACUGAGGAUGGAGGAGACGGAGUCGUAUGACUCCUCGCAUAUUUGGGAUUAUGCGCCACACGGCGAUAAGAUUUGAGACUUCUGUAUACCAUGGCUUCAUGACAGGCGUUGCGGCGGCGUGGGCGUUGGGCGGGCACUGUGUUUGGUCGGAUGAUGGCGACUGUACAGUAUAUAGAACUGAAUGCUGGCAUGCAGCGUGUUGGACUAUGCAAUCCACACACCAUCAUUAUUACAUUGCUA